UAUGAUUUAAAAAGGAACAUAUUAAGCUAAAAGCAUUUUAAGAGCAAGAAACAGAAAGAUACAAUGAAGUUCGAGAAUUGUUCCUCUUCAGAUCUCUGCGUUCUAGCGGAGGAGAUCAAGAAAGAAACAUUUGAAUUGGAUACCUUUAGUAUAAAUCCUUACUCAUUUGUCUCUGCCUCAGCUUACGACACAGCUUGGCUAGCAAUGAUCGAAGAUCUCAGUGAUGUCAGUACUCAAAAACCAAUGUUUCGUGGCUGUAUAGAUUGGAUUCUGAGCAAUCAGAACGUUGUUGAAGGAUUGUGGGGUAAUCACGGAGAUGAAAACGAAGGUGAAACUCUCACUUCGACACUUGCUUGUGUUGUAGCACUUCGCAAAUGGAAAAUUGGAAGUCUUCAUAUCAACAAAGGAAAGAGAUACAUCGAAAGAAGUGUGGAGAGGAUUAUUGGGGAAUAUUGUAAGAAGGGCUCUUGUCCUCGUUGGCUCGUCCUUAUGUUCACUGGACUCCUCGAGCUUGCUCAACAACUUGGCCUACACUUUUUUUUCUCUACUCGAGUUAAGCAAAUGAUAAACGACUUGUUCUUCCGACGCCAAGAGAUUCUCGACCAGGAAUUGCUCGUUGAUGGCCGUUGCAACCGGCAGCCUUUACUUGCAUACCUCGAGGUAUUGCCAUUGACAUUAUACACUGAAAAUCAAGAAGACAUCAUUGGGAAACUCGAUAAUUUAGAUGGCUCUUAGUGUCAAUCACCUUCAGCAACUGCAGCAGCGUUUAUGCUCUCACGCCAUACAAAAUGUCUGGCUUAUCUGCAAUCUCUAGUUCAGAGAUGCCCUCAUGGAGUGCCACAAAUUUACCCCCUGAAUGACAAAUUCAUCAAGCUCUCUUUGGUCAAUAUAAUGGACAACUUCGGGUUAGGAGAGUACUUCAGUAAAGAGAUUGAUCAUUUUCUUCUUCAAAUUCACAACCUUAGGUAUGAAAGCAAGGAUGUUGAGAGAAUGCCGAUAUGGUCAAAAGUAGAUCAGUUGCACAAAGACUCCCUUGAAUUUCGAUUGUUAAGGAUGAACGGGUACAAUGUUUCACCUGAUAGCUUUUGCUGGUUCUUGAAUGACGAAGAAAUCCAAGAUCAUCUAAAGACAAACAUUGACCAUUUAUUCUUAGUGAUGCUUAGUGUUUACAGAGCAACUGAUCUCAUAUUUCCAGGAGAGUCUGAGCUCGAAAAAGCAAAAGAAUUUUCGCGGAAAUUACUCAAGAAAAAUGAAUUUGUUGAUGAAAUAAUGGUUUCGAGUUCCCACAUUAAACAUGAAAUGAGUACUCCAUGGAUGGCUAGACUCAAGCAUCUGGAUCAUAGGAUGUGGAUUGAGGACAGGGACUCAAAUGUUAUCGCAAUUGGAAAAGCCUCUUCGGUUUGUUUACAUGCUGACAAGCUUACUCAUCUUGCUUCGAAGAAUUUUGAACUUCGACAAGCUGUAUACAGACGUGAGAUGGAGGACUUGAUAAAGUGGGUGAAGAAAUGGGGACUUUACGAUAUCGGAUUUGGAAGAGAGAAGACAACAUAUUGUUACUUUGCAGCUUCAUCAAGUACCUCGUUGCCCUUUGAAUCUGCGGCUAAUGUUCGUAAGCUUAUGGCAAAAAGUGGCAUUCUUAUCACAGUUGCUGAUGAUUUCUUCGAUGAGGAAGGUUCUUCUGAUGAAUUAGAACCUCUUACUGAAGCUGUUAUGAGAUGGGAAGGAAAAGAACUGAAAGGUUACGGCAAGAUCAUAUUCAAAGCACUUGAU